AGAUUAUUUUGAGGUCUGCCCAUCACAGCUGCUGUCUUUGCAGGAGCAGGCUUCCCUUCACUCCUCUUCUGUCUACUUCACUGCUGCUGCUGUGUCUAUAAGAAUGGAGACCUGUAGCCAACCUGCAGAGGAACAGACCCUUAACAGUGACCCUACUCUGGAUGUUACCCCUGAUCUCACUGAGGACCUGAAUAAGCAAUUAGAGGAACUUAUCAGUUAUUAUGAGGCAGCUGAGAAGCAGGAUGAGAAUGAUGAGAUGGAGGAAGAGGGCGUCACAGAAAUGAAAGAGUCUAGAAAAGCCAAGGACCCUAGACUAGAAAAGAAAAUGUUAAAAAGCCUUGGGAAGGAGGCCAUGCUCCUUAUGCAAAGCCUAAACAAGCUUGGUAGUCCUGAGCAGAAACUGGAAGCUCUUAUAAAAAAGCACGCAGAGCUGCUGGAGGAGUACCGCUCAGAUCAUAAGCAGUUGAAGAUGCUACAGAAAAAACUGCUGCAGGUUAUGAAGGAGAAAGAUCAGCUGCAGAGUGAGCACAGUAGAGCAGUGCUGGCACGGAGUAAACUUGAGGGGCUUUGCAGAGAGCUGCAGAGACACAACAAGACACUCAAGGAGGAGACCCUUCAGCGAUGCCGUGAGGAUGAUUUGAAGAGGAAGGAGAUCACUACUCACUUUCAGAACACACUUGCAGACAUCCAGACCCAAAUUGAGGAGCACAGCAACCGCAACAACAAACUGUGCCAGGAGAACAGUGACUUGGCAGAGAAACUCAAAGGCCUUAUUGCUAAAUAUGACCAGCGAGAGGCGAACCUUGAGAAAGUCUUCAAGCACAGAGACCUACAACAGAAACUGUUGGAGACCAAACUUGCUCAGGCAAAUGCAGUGCUGAAAGAUGCUCAAGAGAAGCACAAGCUGGAGAGAGCACAUUUACUGAAGCAAACUGCUGAAGCCAAACUACAAGUGACACUCAUGAAAGAGCAAGAAACUGACAUGAAGGCCCAGCUUUCUGUGUAUUCUGAGAAGUUUGAAGAAUUUAAAGGAGCUGUGUCAAAUAGCAGUGGAGUUUAUUCCAGCUUCAAGCAAGACAUAGAUAAAAUGGCAAAAAAGAUGAAGAAGCUAGAAAAGGAGGCCAGUUCAUGGAAGUCACGCUUUGAUGGCUGCAAUAAAACUCUUCUUGAAAUGGUUGCAGAUAAAGCAGUGAAGGAAAAAGAGUUUGAGCUUUUCACUUUAAAAAUACAAAAGUUGGAGAAUCUCUGCAGAGCAUUACAGGAAGAGAGAAAGAGCCUCUACCAGAAACUGCAAGAAAACCAACCACCUGGAGCUGCAGAAGACAAAGCAACAAAAGUGGACGUAGCAGAAGAAAUAAAAGACAUGCAUCAGGCAGCAGAGAAGCAUGAAGAAGCACUAACUGAACCCUCUGGCACUGCAACACAUCUUACUAAAGAGCUAGAGAAUCUGAAGCUGGAAAAGUGCAGACUUGAGGAGGUGGCAAAAACGUUUAAAAUUUCUCAUGUUCACGAGCAGGCAGAUCUCCCAGUAGAAGGUAGUGAGGUUUUAGAACACUCUCAGAGCUUAGAAGAGUCUCAAGAAACUGCAGAGAAUCACCUUGAGGAAGAGAUUAUGCCAUCCACAGAAACACUGUCUGAUAAAAAUCAAGAGAUUAGAGACAAAGAGAUGGAAACUGUUGACUAGAAUUCUUGACAAUUACUUAAAAACUUUCGUCUUUUAUUACUUACAAAAGAAGUUGUCAUAUUUUAACAAAUAAAAUGUUGCCCACUUGACUACAAAUAAA